CAUAUAUGAAAAUAUUGUGAAGAGAGAUGAGAGGCGUACGAAACAUCUACCACCAUUUUUACACCUUUUCCUUCUUCCUUGUCUUCACUCUCCUUUGUCCUGCAUUUUCAAUCCAUGUCAAUAAUUUGUCACCUACAGAUUCUCUUACAAUCUCAAGAAACCGAACCAUUGUGUCUCCUGGUGAUGUUUUCGAGCUUGGUUUCUUCAAACCCUCCUCGGAUACUUCUCGUUGGUAUCUUGGGAUAUGGUACAAGAAAAUGUCCGAGAGAACUUACGUAUGGGUUGCUAAUAGAGACAAACCUCUCUUGAGUUCCAUUGGAACUUUCAAAAUCUCCGACACUAACAACCUCGUUCUCCUCGAUCACUCCAACAACAUUGUUUGGUCGACAAAUCUCACCACAAGAGACGUGAGAUCUCCGGUGGUUGUGGCAGAGCUUCUCGAUAAUGGCAACUUCGUGAUGCGAUACUCAAACAACAACAACAACGACCCAAGUGGGUUUUUGUGGCAGAGUUUCGAUUAUCCGACAGAUACUUUACUUCCGGAAAUGAAACUUGGUUUGGAUCUUAAAACUGGAUUCAACAGAUUCCUAAGAUCUUGGAGAAGUCCUGAUGAUCCGGCAAGUGGAGAUUAUUCGUACAAACUCGAAACUCAAGGGGUUCCUCAGUUUUUUCUAUGGAGUGAAGACGUUCCAAUACACCGAACCGGUCCAUGGAACGGAAUCCGGUUUAGUGGUGUACCAGAUAUGCGACAUUUGAAUGAAAUGGUUGAUAAUUUCACAGAGAAUAAAGAAGAGAUCACAUACACAUUCCUGAUGACCAAGAAAAACUCCGAUUUCUACUCUAGAUUGACAGUGAGUCCUUCCGGAUAUUUUCAACAAUCCACGUGGAUUCCGCCGUUAGGGAAAUGGAGCAUGUUAUGGGUUUUACCAAGAGAUCAAUGUGAUAUGUUUAACAUAUGUGGACCUUACAGUUACUGUGACAACGCAAACGAGCCGAUGUGUAGUUGUAUCUUUGGAUUCGAGCCUAAGGACCAGCAAGCAUGGGAGUUGAAAGACUGGUCACAUGGAUGUGUAAGGAAGACAGAACUAAACUGUGUUGGAGAUGCGUUUUUACGGAUGGCAAACAUGAAGUUGCCGGAUACUACAACUGCGAUUGUGGACAAGAGUAUUGGGGUGAAGGAGGAAUGUUUGAAGAGGUGCAAGAAAGAUUGUAAUUGUACGGCGUUUGCGAAUGCUGAUAUCCGAAAUGGCGGGUCGGGUUGUGUACUUUGGACCGGAGAGCUCAUGGAUAUCCGAAAUUACGCGGAAGAAGGUCAGGAGCUUUACGUCAGAUUAGCGGCAGCUGAUCUUGAGAAAAUCCUCAAUCCAAGGAUUCUUUCGAUUAAUAGCAGCACCAGUAGCCGCAAAGGUAUGUCCGUUGAGUUGCCGCAGAAACCGCCGCCACCGCCGUCGAUACUAGACCGGUUCAAAGCUUUGCUAAAUCAGCGUGAAGAUGAGUUCGGUGGUGGUGAAGAGGUUUUGCCUCCGAGUAUGGAUGAGAUUGUUCAGCUUUAUGAGGUUGUUUUGGGAGAGCUUACUUUCAAUUCUAAGCCUAUUAUCACUGAUCUCACUAUUAUCGCUGGUGAACAACGGGAACAUGGUGAAGGAAUCGCUAAUGCUAUUUGCACUCGAAUUCUUGAGGCUCCAGUUGAGCAAAAGUUGCCUUCUCUGUAUCUUUUAGACAGCAUCGUUAAGAAUAUUGGGCGGGAUUAUGGUCGCUAUUUCUCAUCCCGUUUACCCGAGGUCUUCUGCCUAGCAUACAGGCAAGCGCAUCCGAGUUUACAUCCGUCGAUGCGACACCUGUUUGGGACUUGGUCAAGUGUUUUUCCACCACCUGUACUACGCAAGAUUGAGAUGCAAUUGCAACUUUCAUCUGCAGCAAACCAAUCUUCCUUAGGGGUUUCUGAGCCUAGUCAACCAACGAGGGGCAUACAUGUUAAUCCAAAAUACCUUCGUAGGCUGGAGCCCUCAGCCGCCGAAAAUAAUUUAAGAGGAAUUAAUUCCAGUGCAAGAGUGUAUGGCCAAAAUUCCGGUGGGUAUGAUGAUUUUGAAGAUCAGUUAGAGAGCCCAUCUUCACUCUCUGGACAAAGAUCUAGUACAGCUGGAAGUUUGGCCCUCUCGUCUUCUGCAAUUGGAGCAGAUGGUUUUCCCAGGAGGUUUAAGGAUGGAGCUAAUCCUUCUAAUCAAGCCUUUAACUAUGGAAUGGGUCGAGCUACUAGCAGAGAUGAUGAACAUAUGGAAUGGCGAAGAAAGGAAAACAUAGGCCAAGGAAAUGAUCACGAUAGACCCAGAGCGUUGAUAGAUGCAUAUGGAGUUGACACCAGCAAACACGUAACAAUCAAUAAACCAAUUCGCGAUAUGAAUGGCAUACACAGUAAGAUGGUUACACCAUGGCAGAACACUGAGGAAGAAGAGUUUGAUUGGGAAGAUAUGAGCCCUACCCUAGAUCGUAGCAGAGCUGGUGAAUUUUUGCGAUCAUCUGUCCCAGCAUUAGGAAGUGUAAGGGCAAGACCCAGAGUAGGAAACACAAGUGAUUUUCAUUUAGAUUCUGACAUUAAGAAUGGUGUAAGUCAUCAGGUACGAGAAAAUUGGAAUUUGUCACAAAAUUAUCCACAUACCUCCAACCGUGUUGAUACCGGAGCAGGAAAGGACUUGAAAGUAUUGGCUUCAUCUGUAGGAUUAGUUUCAUCAAACAGUGAAUUCGGGGCUCCUCCAUUUGAUAGCAUUCAAGAUGUUAACUCACGUUUUGGUCGGCCUCUUCCUGAUGGGACAUGGCCCCAUUUGAGUGUUAGAGGACCCAACUCCCUCCCUGUAUCUUCUGCUCACUUGCAUCAUUUGGCAAAUCCUGGUAAUGCGAUGUCAAAUCGCUUGCAUGGUAAGCCUUUAUAUAGGCCUGAAAACCAGGUCUCCCAGAGUCAUCUGAAUGAUAUGACUCAACAGAAUCAGAUGCUAGUUAAUUAUUUGCCAUCUUCAUCUGCUAUGGCUCCAAGGCCAAUGCAAUCGCUGUUAACCCACGGGUACCCUCCACAUGGGUCAACCAUUAGACCAUCUUUAUCAAUCCAAGGUGGGGAAGCCAUGCAUCCUUUUUCUUCAGGGGUUUUAUCUCAGAUAGGAUCCAUCUCGCAGAAUGCUGCGUUGGGAGCCUCUAAUCAACCACCGGGUGGCGCAUUCUCUGGUCUGAUUGGCUCUCUCAUGGCUCAAGGUUUGAUCUCAUUGAACAAUCAGCCUGCUGGUCAGGGGCCAUUGGGGUUGGAGUUUGAUGCAGACAUGCUCAAGAUACGUAAUGAGUCUGCAAUCAGUGCUUUAUAUGGGGAUCUCCCGAGGCAAUGUACAACAUGUGGUCUACGCUUCAAGUGCCAAGAAGAGCACAGUAAGCACAUGGAUUGGCAUGUAACCAAGAACAGGAUGUCCAAGAACCAUAAGCAGAACCCUUCUCGGAAAUGGUUUGUAAGUGCUAGCAUGUGGCUCAGUGGCGCAGAAGCACUUGGAGCUGAAGCAGUACCAGGGUUCUUGCCCGCAGAGCCAACAACAGAAAAGAAGGAUGACGAAGAGAUGGCAGUUCCUGCAGAUGAAGACCAAACUUCAUGUGCGUUAUGUGGUGAGCCAUUUGAAGACUUUUAUAGUGAUGAAACCGAGGAAUGGAUGUACAAAGGUGCGGUGUACAUGAAUGCUCCUGACGAAUCAACAACAGAUAUGGACAAGUCACAAUUAGGUCCUAUAGUGCAUGCAAAGUGCAGGCCAGAGUCCAAUGGGGGUGAUAUGGAAGAGGGUAGUCAGAGAAAAAAGAUGCGGAAUACUGCAGGGAAAGCCCGAGAAGACUGAUAUUCGAGACGAACAGAUUUCUUAUGAUGAAUGGAUCUCAUAGAUGCUGUUGCUAAGAGAACCAGUUUCAGGUUUUUCUUUAGAGCUUUCCCUGGCUGAGCUUUACUUUUUUAUGUUAGGCUGUUAGCUAAGAAUGUUGGUUAACAUAACUCUUUUUUAAGCGUAUUUGUUCUCUUGACUUUGUCUAUAAUGAAACAAGUUUUACUUU